AUGUAUUUUAGUCCAAAUCAGUACAACAAGGCAAUAAAGUUAGGUACUUGGUGUUGGAUCCACAAAGCAGUAGAGAAUCUGGAGUCGGCGUCUCUGGGACUGAGACCCGAGGAGCUAAGAUGGUUUACCGAACAUCCUCAAUUCAAGCACUUCUGGCAUAUGCACAAGGCCAUGUAUUUGGAUACAACCCAUAAGACUCAGGGGGUGCUCCUUCUACGCACAGCAAAGACAAACAAGAGGAGAGAGUGUUGGUUUGUUGUUAAUGGAGUUCCACUUUGGUAUUCGCAUAAGGAAGAUGGACUCAUAUCUGGAUUAGACUGCCAUGAUUAUCCAAAGAAUUAUGAGAAGAUGAGCAGUAGUGAUUUUAAGGAGAAGUAUUUUAAGAAAGGAACUGUCCCUUCACUUGCUGUUGUUAAAGAGAAGCUUGAAAAGAUGUGUGGUGGUCCUGAUCGCUUAAGAAUGUGUGUUUUGUACUUUCUAGCAAGCGUGUUAGGUGAUAAAGCUAAUACUGCGAAGGGAGCUCCCUUGGUAGACCCUUUUUCUUGA